AUGCAUUACGAAUGGAAUUUAUUUGUAUGGGCUGAACAAGACUCUUCCGGUUUGCGGUAUUACGUGAUUCUCCACCUCUGUAAUGCCUAUCUCGAGAGCAUGCACUAUACAGCUCGUCGACGCGCACAACUCGAACUCGCCUCUACCUAUAUGCACGGCCCUGGUCGUAUUCCCCCUCUCCCAGACCCCACCAUAACUACCACAACAAACCUCCCAACCUCCCAUGCCGCCAUCCUCGCCGGUGACUUCAGCGACUUCAACGCCAACUCCCCCCAAAAACUGCUUUUUCCCCGCGCAGAACAACCUACAAGACGCCUUCCUCGUCCUAGACGGCCAAGAAGAUAUUGA